AUGUUAGCAACUGUUUCAUCACCCACUAUGAGUAAUCGAAACAAUAAUAAUUCAACAACUAAUAAUAAUUCCACGACAAGUCUUCUUACAAAGAACAAUCUUCUUGCUUUUCAUCAUUUACAACAACAGUUCGAUGCUGUAUCAACCAAUUCGAAUUUUCUCGGUGCUACAUACAAUUAUACAACGAUGCUUUAUUCAUUUUUGCCAUCGGAUAAUUAUUUAGCAUUGAAUCCUUUAGUACCAACAUUAUUAGCAGCUGCAGCUGCAUCGUCAAAUUCGAAUUCAAAUCCAACAACGAAUAAUAAUGGUACAACAACAUCAACAACGACGCCAACAAAUGUUAAUCAUUCUCAUCUAGUUCAUCCAUCGUCUUAUGUGACAUCAUCAUCCUCAACUGAUCCGUCAUCUAGUCAACAUCAUCCAUAUGCAUAUACAAAUAUGGCAACAACAACGAAUAAACUAUCCAAUACAGCAGUUACAAAUCUUGUUGUCGAUUCGACUUCACACUUGCCAGAAAUAAUUAAUGUACCAUCUUCUUCAUCAAUUAUCGAAACAACCAAUAGUAAUACACAACAAAUACCAACUAAUGAAUUGAUAAAUAAUGAUAAUGCUCAAUCAAAUUCUUCAUCAUCUCAAUCACCACAAUCAACAAGUACAAUAACACCAAAUGGAAGUUCAUCAACAACCGGUAGUACAUCAUCUGGCGCGACACAAAAACGUUUACAUGUAUCAAAUAUUCCAUUUCGAUUUCGAGAUGAUGAUCUCAAAGCAAUGUUUGAACAAUUUGGAGAAAUUGUUGAUACAGAAAUUAUUUUCAAUGAACGAGGAUCAAAAGGUUUUGGUUUUGUAACAUUUGCUUCAAGUGAUAAUGCUGAUACAGCUCGUGAAAAACUACAUGGAGCUGUUGUGGAAGGACGUAAAAUUGAGGUCAAUAUGGCAACGGCUCGAUCACAGCCAAAGCCAAAACCAAUUGUUGCAAAUCCAUUUGGUCUAGUCAUGAAUACUCGGCAACGUCCAACAUUAAUUCAAGCUACACGUGCAGCUACUGCAUUUACUGGACUUACUUUACCGGGUGGAUAUACAAUCUAUCCUGAUCAAUUAGCCGCUUUAGGUGGUUUAACAGCAUAUCCCAUUGCGACUCAACCACAAGGAGGCAUUCGAUAUAUAACAACUUCUGCACCUCAUGGUCUUACUACAGCAGGGCAACCGACUGGAGCUUAUACAAUUGGUGUAUUACCAAUGAGUAAUGGUGUUGGAGGACCCACUGGAUAUUUUAUUAAUGGACCAGCAACUAAUAUGAAUUCAGCUGCUACUCAACUAGGCCAUGCUUAUCCGGAAACUGCAUAUAUCACUGCAACACCAACUGGAACAAUCGGUCCUAUCACCGGUAUGCGUAAUAAUGUUCGCUAUGCUCCUUAUUAA